ACGUCCGGCAGGGGACAGGGCCUCGGUUUAAUGCGAGAUCGCGAAGUCGAGGUUUCCUGCACCCCUCCUUAGGGUCUCUUCCUGUAACCCAUAAUUACCUGUAGUGAAGAGCGUUUUGGAGACUUGGGGGUUUUCACUGGCAGGGCCCUGAUUCAGCCUCACAGCUGGGCUCCAUCAUCAGGCCUCCUCACCAGCUCCUGUCCCUUCUGUGUCCCAGACUCCGGAUACCUCGACUCUCAGUAUUUUGUGCUCAGCCCAGGUCCAGAGCCAUGGCUGUCUCCUCUUCCUCCUGGGACCUGCCGCUGGUGGCUGUGUGCCAGGUAACGUCGACACCAGACAAGCAGCAGAACUUUCAAGCGUGCGCUGAGCUGGUUCGAGAGGCUGCCAGAUUGGGCGCUUGCCUGGCUUUCUUGCCUGAGGCAUUUGACUUCAUUGCCCGAGACCCUGCAGAGACUCUACACCUGUCUGAGCCACUGGGUGGGAAACUUUUGGGAGAAUAUACCCAGCUUGCCAGGGAAUGUGGACUUUGGCUGUCCUUGGGUGGCUUCCAUGAGCGUGGCCAAGACUGGGAGCAGACUCAGAAAAUCUACAAUUGUCAUGUGCUUCUGAACAGCAAGGGGUCAGUCGUGGCCACGUACAGGAAGACGCAUCUGUGUGACGUAGAGCUGCCAGGGCAGGGGCCUAUGCGUGAAAGCAACUCUACCAUGCCUGGGCCCGGUCUCGAAUCACCUGUCAGCACCCCGGCAGGCAAGAUUGGUCUAGCUAUCUGCUAUGACAUGCGGUUCCCCGAACUCUCUCUCGCAUUGGCUCAGGCUGGAGCAGAAAUACUUACCUACCCUUCAGCUUUUGGAUCUGUAACGGGCCCAGCCCACUGGGAGGUGCUGCUGCGGGCCCGUGCCAUCGAAACCCAGUGCUACGUGGUAGCAGCAGCCCAGUGUGGACGCCACCACGAGAAGAGAGCAAGUUAUGGGCACAGCAUGGUGGUGGACCCCUGGGGGACAGUGGUGGCUCGCUGCUCAGAGGGGCCAGGCCUCUGCCUUGCCCGAAUAGACCUCAGUUACCUACGACAGUUGCGCCAACACCUGCCUGUGUUCCAGCACCGCAGGCCUGACAUCUACGGCAGUCUGGGUCACCCCCCAUCCUAAGACUUUUGACUUCAGCGAGUUGAGACCCCCAUCGUAAGCUGUUGUUGCUGUAAUGCCGGGGCAGGGCCCAGGUGCGGCCCCUGACUUGGAGAACCCCGGCUCUGCUUCUUGGGAAAGGUGAAGCUCACCUGAGCUCACAUUUCACUUUCAGAAAGGUGGGUUUUUAUAUCGUCACUGUUUAUUUCAUGAGAACUGAAAUUAUGCUGAGGGCUGAGCAGUACUGGCAUUGAAAAAAAUAGAAUCAGAAAGUCUGUGUCUGGA